UCUCAGCGCUGCGUGGCCCCAAAAUCUCGUUGUCAAGUGCGUGAAAAGUGUCAACAAAAAGGGAUUUCAGUGAACAAUGUAUUACUAUUUAUUAAAUAAAUAAUACAAAAUUAAAAACUAAGAAAUGUAAUUAACAAUUAAUUUUCCAUAAAAACCCAAGCAUUGCUUGUGCAUCUUUGUGAUAAACUUGUAAGACAAGAUAACCUGGCCAAACGAAAAGCGCAGUGAAAUCGCUGGCCUAUUGACAGCGGCGCUUGUCCAACACAUUUUUCAACACCAAGCUCAGUUCCCAUUUGAAUCUGAAUUCGAACCCAAAGUGUAAUUUCAAUUUCCAUCUCGAGUGGACAAUAUUCAAUUGGAAUUGCAAUUGCAAUUCAAGCCACGGCAAGUGAAUUGAGCGAUGCCCGACUGAGGCGCAAUCAUGCUACACUUAAGGCUGUACGAUAGCUCGUUCUACUACGCGCUGGAGUCCUCCGGGGUGGGGUCCACCUCCUCCUCCUCGGGCUCUGUGGCCCCCCUCUCCAGCACCACGGAGGGGGCGCUCAAUGGCAGCCUGGAGGGGGCUGGGGGCCUGGCCAUGCCCGACACGACGGCAGUUAAUCUGACAUAUAUCACACCUGCGAUAUCACACGUGAUUCUGGCGCCAACAACGAUACCCACAGUGGUCCAGGUCCAGACGACAGUGGCGCCUUGUCACGACUUCGACUUGGCACUGGAAGCGGGCCACGGCAACUCCACAUGCGGCGACCCCGGCGAAGUAGACAAUUUAAAUUCGUUCUACUUUUAUGAGACGCAACAGUUUAUUAUGCUGUGGAUCCUGUUCUUCACCAUCGUCCUGGGCAACUCGGCAGUGCUCUUUGUGAUGUUCAUCAACAAGAAUCGCAAGUCCCGGAUGAACUUCUUCAUCAAACAGCUGGCCUUGGCAGAUCUGAGUGUGGGACUGCUCAACGUGCUGACCGACAUCGUUUGGCGCUCCACGGUGGCCUGGCGGGCGGGCAACCUGGCCUGCAAGGUCAUCCGCUUCUCGCAGGCCGUCGUCACAUACUCGUCCACCUACGUCCUGGUGGCCAUGAGCAUCGACAGAUACGACGCCAUCAGGCACCCCAUGAACUUCUCAAAGUCGUGGAAACGAGGACGUCAACUGGUGGGUGGUGCCUGGCUACUAGCUGCGUUUUUUUCCAUUCCCAUGCUGUUUUUAUACGAGGAGAAGCUCAUUCAAGGCUCUCCACAAUGCUGGAUCGAUUUGGGUUCCCCGGAAGCCUGGCGGUGGUAUAUGUGUCUGGUUUCGGUCUGUCUAUUUGUGGGCCCCGCGCUGAUCAUCUCCGCCUGCUAUGCCAUCAUUGUUAAGACGAUUUGGGCCAAUGGCUCUAUAUUUCUGCCGACAGAACGCGGAGCCACACCUGCAAGGCGGGCCAGUUCAAGGGGCAUCAUUCCGCGGGCCAAGGUCAAAACGGUCAAGAUGACACUGACCAUCGUCUUUGUUUUCAUCAUCUGCUGGUCGCCGUACAUCAUAUUUGAUCUGCUGCAGGUCUUCGACCAGAUUCCACACUCCCAGGCCAACAUAGCCCUGGCCUCCUUCGUCCAAAGUCUGGCCCCAUUGAACUCGGCGGCCAAUCCCCUGAUCUAUUGCCUCUUCUCAUCGCAGGUCUUUCGAACUCUGAGCCGCUUUCCCCCCUUCAAAUGGUUCACUUGCUGCUGCAAAUCCUAUCGCAACAACUCAAGGCAAACUCGCUGCAACACGGUGGGUCGUCGGCUGCAAAACAGUUGUGAUUCGAUGAGGACCCUGACCACCUCGUUGACCACCUCCCGGAGGUCGGCCAACAGGACCAAUGCCCACGUGGUGAUCAACGAAAGACCCACCAUGGUGGUAACCGUCCCAGCCAUGUCGGAGGUAUGAUAGCUGGCCCACACCACCCGCAAGAGAUCCCUGUUUUCGAUCCAUGGUCCCACUUCCUUCAGCGACGCAGAGUUCCUUUAAACGGAGGAAACACCGAGGGGACUUCCUGUGAAUUGCUUCAGAGGCUUAGACAAUAAGUUCUAUAGUUGUACCAGGCAUGGAGUUGUACCCUAGUCGUAAGUGUGCCAAGUCUACGCUACGAAUUUCAAACCUUGUAUUUAUACUUGCCCCAUAGCAAUCUGUAGUUAAGAUAUGCAUGAUCUAGCAGGAUGUUUGUAUGACUUUUAAUUAUCACUAAGAGUAUGAUAAAUAUCCUAAGAGGUGGCAAUGCAAUCUCCAAAAACGAAUUCCUAGUAUAACUAAUAUACAUUAAAGUUGUCAAGAAUAUUAUUUCUAUAUCUAGUUAAUUUUUUAGGGUUGAUAAAACUCUCUAAGUUUUCUUAGAGAUUUCUAUCAAGAAUAUAACCGAUUUUCCAACCAAUCGCUCCAAAAACAGUACAUUUUUGUGACCCUCCUGAAUGUCUAGGUUUCAAUCCAUUUAUAGGCUUACUUUAGAAGCUCCAUAGUUUUAUUCUUAUUCACAGACUGAUUUUAUUUGCGUGCCAUUCGCGGAUAUUUAGCGGAAAUUUAAACUGCAUUUCUUUCCAGUCCUAACUAGCUGCUAAGGCCAUUUGAAUUCCAGCUCAUCCGUGUAAAUAGCCACUCGUAAUGGUGUUUAAACAUGCCCAAGUAUCUUAAACCAAAACCCAUUAGGCAUAAGUAGACCCUAAGAGUUAAUAGAGCAUAAUGUUGUAGUCAAUUUGGUUUAAGCUAAUAUUUAUUUCAUAAUUAUGUGUAGAAAAGCAGAAUAAAGGCGACCGUCUUCAAGAG